ACUGGAACCCUUCCCCGUCCUCACAUCACCAGGCCUUUUUGUCUCUCUCUCUCUCUCUAAAUCUCUCUCAUCACCAGGCCUUUUUGUCACUCUCUCUCUCUCUCUAAAUUGAACAAUUGGCCGUUCAUCACCGGGCAUUUCUCCCCCUCUCUAAAUUGAACAAUUGGCAUCAUCACCAAUUCUCUCUCUCACUCUCUAAACUGAUCAACUGGCUAUUCAUCCCCAAACCCUUUCUCUCUCUACCUCUCUCUCUCUACAAUGAAGAAUUGAACAGUCAUCGUCAAGCUCUCUCUCUCUCUAGUCCCGACCUUGUUCUUUCACUACGUUGGGUUUCAGUGCCACCAUUUAAGACCCACCGCGAGUCUUAUCACUUCGUGUAUUGAACAAUCAUCUUCUCUCUCUAAAUACCCAUCGUAUUCUCUCACUCUUGUGGAUAUCAGUUGCUACCGAUCGAGACCCACUAUCACUGCUUUCUCUCUGUAAAGUGUACAACUGGGCCAUUGAUUAUCUCUCUCUGGGCCAUUGAUUUUCUCUCUACUUUCUCUCUCUACUUUCUCUCUCUAGAGGUACUAAUGCCUCCCGGUAGCAAGAAGAGAGCAAAGGAAAAGGCCAAGAAAAGGAAAGAAAUGGGGGAGGUCCAUCCACCAACUAACAUUCAACCAUCAGUUAAAGUGGGCGACGCGUCUCUGCGUCGUGCCUCUUUAGCAGAGGAAGAAUCUGCUAAAUCACCUGUGCACAAAGGGAUGGAACACUCCGAGGAAGAGGAAGCCAACCAUUCAGAGCUAGAAGAGGAAGUUAAUGGCGAUGGAAAGAGAGACAUAGUGAUCUCUGAGGAGAAAGAAGGCAUUAAUGGUGAGGAGAAGAAAAGUGGGUCUUCUGUUCUUGAGAAAGAAGAUGAAACUAAGAUUGAGCAUGUUGAUUUCUUGCCAGAAGUGGAGGUUAAGGACUUGACCUCAGGUGAUUUUACUGAGAGCUCUGUUAUUGAACCAGUGAGCAAAGAUGGUGGCAUCAAAGAAGAGAAGGAUGAAGUGGGUCCGAAAUCUUCGACUCAGCAUGUCGAUUUCUUGCAAGAAUCAGGGGUUAAUACUCCAAUCUCAGAUGAUUCGAGUAAGCUUCCCGUGACUGAAACAGAGGGUAGCAUUGCUGUUCCCAUAGAACAAAGUAAUGAAUUAGGUCUGAAUUCUUUCACCCCCUUCAUUAAAAGGGUCGAUGAUUUCUUGCAAGAUGUUGGGGUUAAUUCUUCCAUAUCAGAUAAGUCCAGUGAAUUGGGCCUGAAUGCUUUUACCCCAUUUAUUCAACGCGUUGAUAAUUUUUUGCAAGAAGGUGGGGUUAACUCUUCGAUAUCGGAUGGGAUAAGUAAGCUUAGUUUUACUGAACCAGAGAGUGACUCAAAAGAAAAGAAUGAAUCAGGUCUAGGUUCUUCUAUCCCAUUGAUUGAGAGUGUCCAUUCUUUUCCUGAAACAGAGGUCAAAUCUUUGAUUUUAGAUGAAUUGAGUAAGCUUUCAGUUACUGAACAAGAGAGCACCACCAAAGAAGAGAAGGAGGAAUUGGGUCUGAAUUCUUCUCCCGUUUUGAUUGAACAUGUUGAAUUGUUGCAAGAAUCUGAGUGUAGUUCUUCAAUCUCAGAUGCAUUGUCUAAGCUUCCCGUUGCUGAAGCAGAAAACGAAACCAAAGGAGAAAAUGAUGAAUUGGGUCUGAAUCCUGUUGCCUCAUCUGUUGAUAAAUCAGAGAGCAGUGGAAAGGAGAAGAAUGAAAAUACCUCACCAAUUGAUCGAUCAAAAGACGAGGAAAAUACCCCAACCAAAGAAAUCCGGGUUGAGAAUGUGAGCACACGUAGUUUGGUUAGAGAGAGUUGCUCUGAGGUGGUUUCUCUGCCAGUUUCAUGUAUCCAGGACCAACCUAUAACUUUGCCAACUUUUCCAUACCCAGUGCCUGAGCUUGAACGAAGUAAAGACAUAGCUAAACCAGAAAGUUCAGACUCCAAGUUUGAUUGUAAUUUGCAGCCAGUUUCGGUUUGGCCACUUCAAGCAAGACCGAGGUCCUUAUGGAGCUGCUGUGGAUUGCUCGAUGUCUUCUUUAGAGGCUCUCGUGAUUAAUGUUCAGGGGGGACGAUGUUUAUUAAUUUUGCCGUGGAUAUCUCCAGUAAUAGGUUAUUUAUCUUCACAUAUUAAAAGUCCUAAGGCUUUGUUGGUACUGAGAAACAGAACUCAGACUUUCUCUCUCUCUCUCUCCCCACCCCCCAAAUUCUUCAUUAUCAGUUCUCUGUGUUGCCAAUAUUUGAUCUUAGGCCUGCAUUUUUGUGCUGAAUAAUAUUCAAACAGCAGCAAUCUGUAAUUGUGAGAAUGCCCAAAUGUGGACAUUGUCUUCUUUAUUCCUUUUUUUUUCUUGCCGUCGAUACCUCUUUUUUCGCAAUGUCAGAACAUAGUUUUGGUCGAAAUAAGGUUAAUAAUACUUGUCUCGUGUGUA